AUGGAAGCAUUGGGCUUUUGGAGCGACAAUUGGCGCGAAACCAGUUGCCCUCCAGAGUCCUCUCCACCGACGGAGUGGAAUUUCCAGCCAACUGAGGCGACGGCGGAGGAGGAGUUGCUGGAACCGAAGCUCCCCUGUCCUCCGCUUCUAAUCCGUGGCGGCGGAUUCCGGCAACGGAUCUCCAUCGGUGUUGAGGGAAAUCUGGUUGCGGAGGACGACCAACUCCGACUGCGACGGCGUCGCGUCGUCGGCGGCGCCGAGAGGGCAGCAAGGCGUGCACGGGCGAAAGCUGGCCGUGGAUUGGGUGUCGUUUUAUUUUCACGCCCAGUUUUUAUACGAAGAGGACAUGGGUCGAAUAUAUUGGGUCGGGUCGGGUCAGGUCGGGUCGGUUAUAAAUUUUGGACAUUAGUUCGUGGUUGUACGGUUGUGGUCCUUGUGGACCUGGGCUGUGGGCUGAUGUUGGGUUGUGCUAAGCUCAAGUACAUAGGAAAACAGAGAAUUAAACAAAGCCUUCAAGGAUCGAGACCCCACGGGCCCGGCCCUUUUUUUGGCCUCCCGAGGCCCGCUUGGCCCGCCAACCGUCUUUGCCUCGGCUGGCCCAAGCCCAUUAUUGGCCAAGGGCAGAAACUCGUGACAGUCCUUAGCACCGGUUCUCGUGAAUGCAUUAAUGAGAGUAAUGAUGAACCCGUUGGUCUUGAAAGUCCGGGAGCAGCAGCUCUUUUCGCCCUCAUUCACUUCCUCGACACCACCACCACCUGGGACAAGGGACCCCACGUGGGCCCCACCCAAGUAGGCCUUGCACAAGACCAUAAUGUCACGCGCGCGGUUAACAAAGUGGCCCGACACCAAAGCUUCAAAGUGCUGCAGAAAACAACGUCGAAUACAGUAUCAUAA